AUGGCUCCCAUGUUUCCAUCACCAUUCAACACAAAACGGCUAAUUUUCAAUGAGGAUUCGAUUUCAAAACAGGAGCAGUCUACACCCAAUGCUUCUCAAGCGGAAAUAACCUUGCCUUUGGUGAAAAAAUCAAAUCCUGAUGAGUUAGUUUCGUGGAUUGACAGUCUUGAGUCCAGAGUAAAAGAUACACUUCGGCACCAAAACAACGAGUUGGAGCAAUUCAAUGUGGAACAUGAACGCGAGAAGGCCAAAGAUAAGUAUAGGUAUGCUGUGUUUGAGCAAUCGUUUCAAAAACUUGGUAAUAUUGUUCAGAAUAAUCGACUCGAUUCUGAUGCGGAAUCGACCACAGAAGCAAAUAAGAUGAACAUUGACGAGAUUGACGAGAGUAAUUCGAAAGUUGGAGGGGAGUAUCAGGGGUAUCGGAAUGUUUCAGAGGACAAAUCUGAUAUUGAAGAAAAUGUAGUUUCUGACGACUCUGAUAUCAUUGAGAUUAUAGAAAGCGAAGAGGAAGGAGAUCAGCAAGAAAUUGAACAAGAAAUGGAACAAGAAAUCGAACAAGAAACUGAACAAGAAACUGAACAGGAAAAUGAAGAAGAUUUGCUUUUUGACGAAAUGAACCCACAGCCCUCCUACUCCAAACCACGACUAAUGGACGAUCGAAAGUACAUGAGUGGGCCUUUCUCGUCCUACACUAAAGAGCCGGAGGAACAUGAGUACGAGAGUGAAAUCGAAAGUGAAAAUGAAGUUAUCGAAAGUGAAGUGGAAGACGAGAGUAAUGAAGAAGUUUCCGUUUCUGACAGAGAAAACGAUUCCGAUGAAAUGGUUGAAGUCCAACAUUCUGCUGAUACUUACGGUGAGCCUGAAAACCACCAAGAAAAUGAAGAUUCCAAGAUGAAGAACAAAACCC